UCAAAAUGAACCUCUUGCUGGAAUGUAAAUGUCACGGUGUUUCUGGGAGUUGUACCAUGAAAACAUGUUGGAAAACCUUACCAACGUUUAGACAGAUAGGUGACGCCUUGAUGAAAAAAUAUUAUAGAGCAAGACCGGUAACAGCAACAGCCAUUUACCUAAAUGCCAGGCAUUUGGAUCCAAGGAGACAGAGGAAGCGCCAUUUAGUGCUGACUAAGGGCAAAAUACCGAUCAAAAAAACGCCAAAAAAAUCGGAGUUAGUGUUUUUGCAAUUGUCGCCGAACUACUGUGAACGAGAUUUAGCAGUUGGCAGUUUAGGAACAGUAGGAAGAAAUUGCAAUAGAACAUCAAGAG